AUAAGAGAACGUCGAGAGAGACAAUUUCCUCCUGUUCCAGCUGACACGCAUGUGACUAACUUUAGAGAACGUUUUGGACAGUAUAAACACCUGACAUGGGUUUGCUCUACUUAAUUCGCCUUUAAUAUUUCAAGAGACUGUUUCCUUCCUUGUUCUGGGGCUGCAAAGUUCAAUAUGUCGGCAUGGAAAGAGAAACUAAGGAGACUUGUUACAGUGGAGCCGGUGAUUUUCCUCUACAUGACCGGCACUUUCAUCGUAACACCUGCAUAUCAACAGAUGAUUAUCACAAAGGUGUGCCAGGAAUUGCUAAAAAAUGAUACUAUCUGCACUAACCCUGAGCACCAUAAAGAUGAUGAGGAGGUUCAGGCUACAGCUUCCUACAUCCUGCUUCUGUUCAGCGCCACCCUCAGCCUGAUCUCCAUCCCUCCCGCCAUAAUGCUGGGCUCCUGGUCGGACCGUGCUGGCCGUCGAUGGGUCAUGGCGCUCCCAUCUAUGUUGUGCCUGUUGAGUGGGGGGUUGCUCUUGGCUAUAGACUUGUUGGAAAACCUCAGUGUUUACUGGACUCUGAUGGCUGCUGCUCUAGCAGGCCUGACAGGUGGACAUGUCUCCAUUUUCCUUAGCUCAUUCAGCUACCUGGCCGAUCUGACCGUGGGCUCCAGUUCCAGUCGUACUUUACGCAUGGCGGUGGCCGAGUCUAUGAUCUUUGUUGGAGGCACAACGGGCUUCCUACUGGGUGGAUUCUUGGAGCAAGAAUACGGACUCAAGGCAGCCUUCGGGGCCUACAUUAGCUGCCACGUCCUGGCGGUGCUUUAUAUUGCGCUUUGGCUGAGAGACCCUGCGACAGGGAAAAUUGCACGUAUAGCUCCGUGUAAAGAGGAUACAGAUGAGCAAGGUUCAAACACAGAAGAAUCCCGGAUGUUUAUCCUAAAGUACGCCAAACUGUCUUUCAAAGCAGUGUUCAAGAAGAGGUCAGGGCAGGACAGACUGAAAUUGCACUUUCUCAUUGUCUGCACCUUCAUAAAUAACCUGGUGGCUGUUGGGGACCAGUCGAUCUUGCUGUUGUAUUUGAUGUAUGAGCCAAGAGAGUUCACAACUGCCCUGUACGGGGUAUUUAACUCAGUGAGGAUGCUGUUGUUGGGCUUUGGUCUGCUGGGUCUAUUUCCUCUCCUGAUGAGGUGUAUGAAGGAGACAACAGUAGCAAAACUCAGCGCUUUGUUCAGAGCCGCCUCUUACAUCCUACUCGCCUUCUCAAGCAACACAUGGAUGGUCUUCCUCGUUGCUGUAGUUGGCACUCCAUCUGGUAUCAACCAAGCUGUGAUUCGUUCUUUGUCUUCUGCCAUCGUGGGAGCUGAUGAACAAGGUGCCAUGUUCUCCUUCUCGGCCUCAGUGGAAGCGACCUGCAUCCUUAUUUCUGCUACGAUCUUUAACGGGCUGUACCCCCUGACCCUGCCUACCUUCCCCGGGAUGCCCUUCAUCAUCAUGGCAGUCUUCAUGCUCAUCGUGUUCAUUCUCUUGCAGUGGAUUAGUGAGAUGCCCGUCACUCAUCCUCGCCUUGUGCUUUCAGACUGAAUCUCCUCCUUCUGGGUUAUUCUUUCAGCACAAAGUGGAUCCAUGAUUGGAUAUUGCACGCUUUUCUGUGGCAAACUGAUCUACUCUAAAAAGUCUCUACUCUCAAAGUCUCAUUUUUUUUCAUGAGCAACAUACCACUUACUGGCACAUAUUCCACCACAAAAAAAAUUUUUUUAAACUCAGAUGAAAUCAGCAGUUGCGCUUUAAACUGAAUCAUUUGUAAUAUAUGUAAGUACUGUAUAAUAAAUAUCAAUCUACAGAAUGAUAUUAUGCAGAAAAGACUUUCCUUGCAUUCUCUAGAGAGCUGAAAUGCACUGCGGUCUGCCUGAGCGUGUGGUGAGAAAGCAUUAAUAACCUCUUAAUAAAAUUAGAACGGUGAAAGGUCAACUCCAGAAUUGGAAGAAGUAAAUGAGAAUCGCUGCACUGAAUUGUUCUCGCCGAUAAGCCGUUCACCACAAUUACACUGACACAGGAUAGAAUCCUGGAAUCGUUAGACAAUUAAAUACAUUUCAUGCCCUAAAGUUGAGAUUUAAGUUGAGUUUAAAAGCAU